AUGCAUCUCAAGUUCGUCAGCGCACUGUUGGCGUUUGGGACUCUGUCCCAGGCGACCUUCAACCAGGGCGCCCUCAAUGCCUUCAACCGCGAGCACCCGCGACGACAGGGCCACACGCGCAUCCCCUCUCCCGCGCAGCAGCCCGUCGGGAAGCGCGACACGUCCAAGUUCUUGACUGAGAAGUCCAAGAAGUUUGUCGUGAACGGCACCGCGAUUCCGGACGUCAACUUUGAUGUUGGAGAGUCCUAUGCCGGCCUGCUGCCCAUCUCUCAGGACCCCAAUGAGGAGAGGCAGCUGUACUUUUGGUUCUUCCCGAGCACGAACCCCGAUGCCGGCAAGGAAGUUCUCAUCUGGUUAAACGGCGGACCGGGAUGCAGCUCCCUCAGCGGUCUGAUUACCGAGAACGGCCCGUUCCUGUGGCAGGAUGGCACCCUUGCGCCCACACCCAACUCCUACAGCUGGACCAACUUGACCAACGUGAUCUGGGUCGAACAGCCCGUCGGCGUCGGCUACAGCCAGGGCACGCCCAACAUCACCAACGAAGUCGAGCUCGGCCUCCAGUUCAUCGGCUUCUGGCGCAACUUCAUCGACACCUUCAGCCUCGAGGGCGCCACGACCUACAUCACCGGCGAGUCCUACGCCGGCUACUACGUGCCCUACAUCGCCGACGCCUUCAUCACCGCCGAGGACGACAAGUACUACAAGCUCGGCGGCGUCGCCAUCAACGACCCCAUCAUCGGCGACGGCACCCUGCAGCAGCAGGCCGUCAUCUACCCCUUCAUCGAGUCCUGGCAGAAAAUCUUCAACCUCAACCAGACCUACAUGAACGCCCUGCGCUGGACCCACGAGUACUGCAACUACUCGAGCUACCUCGACGAGUACGCCACCUUCCCGCCCAAGGGGCCCUGGCCCGUCCUGCCCGACCCGUACAGCGACCCCUCCGGCAACUACACGUGUGACAUGUUUGACUGGGCUUACGAGGGUGCCCUCGACGCGAACCCGUGCUUCAACAUCUACCACAUCACUGACACGUGCCCCUUCACGUACUCCCAGCUGGGCAUCGUGAACCAGGGUGACUACAGCCCCAAGGGCGCGCAGGUCUACUUCAACCGCACCGAUGUCCAAGACGCAAUCAACGCGCCCCACGUCGCGUGGUACCAGUGCACCCCGAAGAACGUCUUCGGCGGCGGCGACCCCAACUCGAACUCGAGCGACACCUCCCCGGCCGCCGCGCAGAACGAGGUCCUGCAGCGCGUCAUCGAGCACACCAACAACACCAUCAUCGGCGUCGGCCGCCUCGACUACAUCCUCCCGCCCAACGGCACGCUCUUCGCGCUCCAGAACACCACCUGGAACGGCCUCCAGGGCUUCCAGAAGUACCCGCAGGACCAGGAGUUCUAUGUGCCCUUCCACCCCGAGUACAACGACGGCCGUCUGAGCGAGGCCGGCGUCGUGGGCGCGUUCGGUUACGAGAGAGGCCUGACGUAUUACGAGGUCCAGCUGGCAGGUCACGAGUUGCCCGGGUACACGGCUGGGUCUGGGUACCGUGUGGUUGAGCUGUUGCUGGGCAGAAUCAAGUCUUUGGGUACCGUUGAGGACUUCACUACCCAGAAGGGUGACUACCAAGGGAACGCGACGAUUCCUAGCCUCUGA